CUAUUUUUAUAGCGUAGUAAACAGUUAAUGAAUAUAAGAUCCGGGAUCAUACAAAACUAAGGGGACUUUGGGUCCUACUUGAGGAUAGGAAUAAUCCUUCUGUCAGACAUUUCUUAUAUCUACAUUUUAAUCAUUUUAAUUCCAUUCUGAUAAUAAAUCCGCGUUGUAUUUCAGUUCAAAGUGAAUAAAUACGCAGUGAUUAGUCUAGUUAGAGAGUUGACAGUUUCUGGGGGUAUUUUAAAUCAUCAGUUUUAGUAAUAAUGAGAAGAGGAUGUAAAUGUAUAGUUUUAUAACUUGUUUUAAUUAAACUAUUGUAUUCAUUAGUGUAUUUUGCAGAAUUUGAAAUUUCGAGAUAUGUGGCGAUAGAAAAAUAACAUUUAUCUAUAUUUAGGAUUUGGGAUUUUUAUAUCUAUAUAUAUACAGACACACAUAUAUUUCUUGAUCAGCCGUGAUCACGUGUAAUUUAAGUUUUAUUGAGUUAUAUUGCUCACGGAAAAUGGCGGGACUGAUGAUACUGACGAUCUUACUUACUAUACAAUACGGAAAUGUAAUUAUGACGAGGGAGACUAAGUUCAUGUAUAAUAUUGAUUUAGAAGACAUAAAAUAUAAAUUUCAAUGUGAUACUGUGGAAUGUGAAGGAAUAAGACAAUUUUGCACGGAGGACCAGACUUGUCAAUAUUGUUCGGUGGAUUUGUGUAAAGUUCGAAGCCCGCCGCCACAAUGUCAAAUACAGUGUCAGUUCUAUCAACAUCAAACAGAGGAUGUUGAGAAUACCACAUGGGACAGCCCCAGACCCCGGGAGGAACGUGACGAAUGUUCUGGAAUAGAUAGGACAGCUGUAUAUAUAAUCAUUGGAUGUGGUACAGGUCUCGUUGCAUUGGCGCUUUUUAUUGGCGUUAUUUACUUUAAACGUUCGGACAAGAGUGGUGCAUGUGUCAUCUACAACGUCAGGAAUCAGUUCCUCAAAUGUUGCAGGCAAGUUUGUUUUAUUGUCCAUAAAAUACUAUACAUAACCAUGGUAACAAAGUUAAUGUACACUGUGAACUAUGUACCCAUCUGCUUAAUUUUUUUUUCUAAUCUGAGGAUUCCAACACAUAGUAUUAUUUUUUCAGGUGCGAUUAUCCACCUGACAGUAAGUAUAAAACAACGUGUACAGACGACAGAGGGGAAGUGACGCCAGUUUGUGUAGUAACAAGUGGAAAUUAGACAAACCAGGGCAACCCAAGUCCAAAUCAGUAUUUGACUAUUAAUAUUUCUUGAAAAAUGUUAUGAUCUAUCAGAAAGUGGUGUGUGAAUCCAGCAGAAAAUCGUGUUAAAUGAAAAUAAAAACAGACAAUGAAUUAACCAUUUUAAGAACCAUCGGAUGGAAAUCAAUCCUCAUUAUUAUCUAAAUACAUUUGACCACGUCCCCGGAAUAUGAUUUGAGCUGAGUGAGACUUUCCCAUUUAUGAUGUCUAGGCAUUGUCAUGAAUGGUUAGACAAUAGUUCGACUGUAAACAAGAGUUGUUGAUUUUCGGGAUAUUGAGGUGUGUAUCACUGACACUUUACCACCAACUUGAAAAAAAAAACUCACUACAGAUUACAAGUGAGGCAUUGUUGGAUAUAUUUUUUACCACCAACAUGAAAAAAACACCAUACAGAUUAUAAAUGAGGCAUUGUUAAGAUUAAAAGUGAGGCACUGUUAGAUAACAACUACCAGACCGUUGAAUGACACGUUCAGAUUUAGCAACAGAAGGUGAUAUUUCCAUCUUGAUCCAAUGCCCUUUGUCCAAGGUCAAAAUAAUUUAAUUACUGUCAAAGCCAUGUUUCAGCAGAAUGUGCUCUUCCAAUUUAAAUGAAAGUCCUUAUAUAUCCUCCUUGGGCGUACGUGUAUAGGGAAUCAACUGUUUAAGAGUUACAUUGUGUGUUCGUGUAUAGGGAAUCAACUGUUUAAGAGUUACAUUGUGUGUUCGUGUAUAGGGAAUCAACUGUUUAAGAGUUAAGGCCAUGUGUAAGACAUCUAGAUUUGCUUUACUCACAGAUAUCUGUGGAAGUUAUCAUAAUCGCCAUUUAGAGUUGCAAUUUUAGAGGAAAUGCUCUUUGACAUGUUGGUUAGAAGUGAUUGUAAAAUAGAGAUGUUGUUUGUCAUUUUCUGAAUAAUAGAUAAUUUUAAGAUCAAGUUUGUAAAUGUUGCAUUGAACAAUACAAUUUGUUGUUUACAUACAUUUUUUUUUCAAAUGAAAAUGUUCCUCUGUAUUUCACGUCUAUCUACAGCUGACAAUAUUGUUGAGAAAAAUAUCAAUAAGCACUCCAUGGAAAUCUGGACUAGGAUUCGAACCUAGAUUCCCGAAAUGUAACUAUUCCGGGAGCUUUACCAUUAAGCUAUCCAGACAUUGUGUGUACAUGCGAAUGCGUUUCAUUGGCAAUCCGUUACAUGGAAGUUUUCUUUCACGAGAAAAAUUAAUAAACAAAACUCAACUGUCGCAUUUAACCAAUAGUUUCACAGAAUGCAGAGAAACGUUGGGUGAUAUUUUUUAAACAGAAAAUUGUCAGAAGGCAGAUGAGACCAGGGAAUUUAAAAAAAAAAGAUGUGAUUAAGGUCUUUUGAAGGUACAUUUGAAUUUUUUGAAAAUUAUUUUACUUCAUGUUUAUAUACUUUCUGAGAUUCGUGGAUAUAGCCACAUUUAACGAAUGAUCUCAGGGUAUCUGAAUCUAUGUCGUUAGUUAUGUAUAUAUGAAGAUUUUUUUUUCAUGCAUAAAUUGCUUUCUAUAGUUUUGGUUAAUGAUAGUCAGGAUUUUUCUGAAAAUAUUACUUAAAUUACAUCAAUGCUUAAAUGUGUAUAUUUUACUGGUUGACUAGGUGAGACUGAAAAUGAGUAUUUAAUUGUUGAAGAUAAUUGUAUCAAAUUUAUUGUGUGUGUAAAAGUGAUUUUAAAACAGACAGAAUUCAUGUAUUUGAUUAUUGUUUACAUCAUCUUUUAUUUGAAUUACUCAUUGGUUCUCGUAUGAAAUCAUUUCUCCCCACCAAUAAAUGGCCUGUUUGUUUUUA